AUGAAGCGCAGUUCGUCAAGGGAUAGUAUGCCGCGAUCGAAGAGGACGCGUAGUAGUAUAGGCCGGUAUGACGACAGUUCCGAUGAGCGCGUGACGCCGGAACGUGUUCGACGUCGCGUACGUUCUCCUAGCCCUCGCGGCCGGUAUGUGUCACCUCAUCGUGAUGACUACGUACGUUCUAGAGAAAUUCGGGAAGAAUCCUCUCGGCCUUAUUACAAAGUACUCUGCGUCAGUGCUCUCCACCCUAAAGCUUCCGACGAAAUUAUUAAAGAUACUUUGUACAGGGAAUAUAAAAAGUUUGGUGACUUUAGUAUUAAAAUUUCUCAUGAACUGGACGAGCGGGUUGCGUAUGUAUGUUUCCGUAGUGCUGAAGACGCAAGGGAUGCUAAACAUGCAAAACCGAGAAUAAUUUUAUAUGACAAAGUAGCUAUUGUAGACCCGGUUUACGAACCUGUUAGGUCAGAGUAUAGAAGCAGGCCAAGAAGCAUUACCCCACCUGAUUAUGACCGUCCAUAUUCAUAUGCUUGGUCCCCAGUGCCUGAAAGACGAAGGCCGCCACCAGAUGAUAGGGCAUAUGGAAUUCCGCCAUCUGUACCACCACACCACCGAGAUUUUCGUCCCCCUAUGCAUGAAUAUCCAAUGGCGGGACCUCACGGGCCUCCAAUGCACCACAGACCACCCAUGCAUCAUCCUCCUCACCCUCAUUACAUGCCACGGCCAUAUAUGCCUAGACCACAUCAUCCACCUUUUGAGAAAAUGGAAAAUAAAAAAGACAAGUUCCCAAACUAUUUACAUCAUGUACAGCCUGAGGAUGAUCCCUUAGCAACUAGAACUCUCUUUGCGGGUAAUUUGGAAAUUAAUAUAUCAGAUGAGGAGCUACGACGAAUCUUUGGACGAUAUGGUAUUGUAGAAGAUAUUGAUAUAAAGCGUCCUCCUCCAGGCACUGGCAAUGCAUUUGCAUUUGUUAGAUAUCAAACGCUAGACAUGGCUCACAGAGCAAAAGUAGAACUGUCUGGCCAAUAUAUUGGCAAAUUCCAAUGUAAAAUAGGAUAUGGCAAGGCAACACCAACUACUCGUGUUUGGGUUGGUGGUCUAGGGCCUUGGACUUCAGUAGCUCAGUUAGAGAGGGAAUUUGACAGGUUUGGAGCCAUAAAAAAGAUUGAAUAUGCAAAGGGAGAGGCUCAUGCAUACAUUUUGUAUGAUUCCAUUGAUGCAGCCCAAGCUGCUGUUAAAGAAAUGAGAGGAUUUCCUCUAGGAGGUCCUGAUAGACGUCUACGUAUUGACUUUGCAGACGUUGGUACUGGAGGGCCCUACAGGCCAAAACCAUAUGCACCACCAGUUGGUGAAGAUGGUAGACCUGUAGAAGGGUAUGAAGGAUAUGAAGGAACUUGGGAUGAUAGUUAUGGAUAUGGAUCGGGAUAUAGAGGGCGUGGUGGACAUCGUGGUCGUGGUAGAGGUAUGUAUAGAGGUGCAUAUCAUGGAACUGGGGACUAUAGAGAUGAAGAGUGGAGACGAGCACCAGUUGAUGGGGAAUAUGAGAGCCGUGUGCGCCGUUCUGGCUCCCGGGAACCAGGUGUUGACCGUUCCAGAUCACGUUCUCCCCGUCGGCGUUCACCAGACAGCGAUUCUGAUGGCUCACCAAGACGAAGUGGUGGCAUGUUGGCAUCUGCAAGAACCUUACCUGAAGUAGUACGAAAAGCAACCACAGUUUGGAAUGGAGCUUUAAUCCUCAAGAACUCUUUGUUCCCCACUAAAUUCCAUCUGACUGAUGGAGACUCUGAAAUAAUUGACAGUCUGAUGAAAGAUGAAGAUGGUAAAAACCAGUUAAGAAUUACUCAGAGACUGAGAUUAGAUCAACCCAAAUUGGAUGAUGUGCAAAAGCGCAUAGCUACUUCUAGUUCACAUGCCAUAUUCUUAGGAGUGGCAGGCUCGACAGCCUCAAUUACAAAUGAAGACACAAGUAUUCAGACAAGGCCAAUGAGAAAUUUGGUUUCAUAUCUUAAACAAAAAGAGGCAGCGGGUGUGAUAUCCCUCUUGAAUAAAGAAACUGAGGCUACUGGUGUUUUGUACUCCUUCCCUCCCUGUGAAUUUUCUACUGAACUUCUCAAAAGGACAUGUCACAAUCUAACAGAAGAAAGCUUGAAAGAAGACCACCUUGUAAUUGUUGUUGUCCGAGGUGGUUCUGCCUAG